AUGUUAAUAACUGUGAUAAAAAAUUUGUUUUAUCACUAUAGUUGUACAGUAUUGUUCUGUUUCAAUUAUUAUACUUGUUUAACUGGUCUAUUUUAUUUUCAUUCAAUCAAUGCUAUAACCGACAACGAAUGUCCAACGUAUGAACAUAUUAUUGAUCAAUUAUUAUUUAAUCAGACAUUGCCACCACCAUGUCAAACAUUAAUAAAUUUUUCAUUAUUUAAUAAUGAUAGCUAUAUACUUAAAUCAGCGGCAUAUAAUCAUCAAAAUAAACAUGUAGGCCCAUUUUUAGUAUCAUCAACAGGAAUUUAUCAUGGAAAACGUGUGAAAUAUAAUAAUAACACCUAUAUAGAUCAAUUUCUUGGAAUCUAUUAUGCAGAAUUACCAGUACCAUUACAAAAACCAGUUAAAAAACACUUUUCGUAUACAAUUCAAAAUGCUACUACGUUUGGAUCAUGUUGCAGGCAGAGUUUACUCAUGACAGAAAAUUUAUCCUAUGGUUCAUUUUUUAUGAAACGUAAUUUUGAUGACAAUUGUUUAUCAUUAAAUAUUUAUCGAUCCGAUUUGAGAUUUGGUGAAAGAAAAAAAGCCAUAACAAUAUUUUCUCAUGGAGGCAGCAAUCAAAUUGGUAAUAUAAGAGUUAAUUUAAAGUGA